CACAAGCGGAUCGUUUGCAUGACUCAGACAAUCCCAACAGCGUAACAUUGUCACAGCUGGGGCAUGACUUUCCUCCAGAUCGUUCAGUACGACUUCUCCCCACCGGAAUAAACAGCGAUCGCGCGAAAGGGAGAAGCGAACUACUGAAUUCUUCAGAUACGUUAAACUACAUUGAAAGGAAUCUUGAAAUAUUUUUUCCAACUUGAAGUUUCAUUCCUGGGCACUCUCUGUUUUAUUGAGUUAUGUCAACAGCUGCACUAUUCACCUUGUGUAGAUCUGGUGGCUUUCACGUGAGAAGAAGAGCACUGUUGACUUUCAAGCUGCUACAGGACGAAAAGCGCGUGGUUCUACUUUGCCAGAGCAGUACCAGUGAUCGGAGGUCUUCACGCUUUGACGUUGACGGUGGUGGCCGCCUGACAUCCUGGGAUUCUUUUGGAAUCUGGGACAACCGCAUUGAUGAACCAAUUCUUCUUCCACCCAGCAUAAAAUAUGGCAAACCCAUUCCUAACGUUAGUCUGAGUAAAGUCGGAUGUGUCACUCAAAUAGGCCAACGCAAGGAGAAUGAGGACCGUUUCAGUAUUGACAUGCUAACUGAAAAUGUGCUGUACUUUGCAGUGUUUGAUGGACAUGGCGGAACAGCAGCAGCUGACUUUUGCCAUAAAUAUAUGGCAAAGCAUAUUGCACAAUGUCUUUCACAGGAGGAGGAUCUGGAAGUGGUAUUGACCAAAGCUUUUUAUGAAACAGAUAAGGAAUUUGCAAGACAUGUCCAUUUAUCUGAAAAUGUCUCUUUCCUUUCGUCGGGGACAACUGCCACUGUGGCUCUGUUACGUGAUAGCAUUGAGCUUGUGGUAGCAAGUGUGGGUGAUAGCCGGGCAAUUCUUUGUCGUAAGGGGAAAUAUAAGCGACUGACUGAAGACCACACUCCAGAACGGAAAGAUGAGAGGGAAAGGAUUAAGAAAUGUGGUGGAUUUGUUGCCUGGAACAGUCUGGGCCAACCACAUGUAAAUGGGAGAUUGGCUAUGACACGCAGUAUAGGUGAUCUAGCUUUAAGGUCCGUUGGAGUCAUCGCUGAGCCAGAGACCAGACGGAUUAAGCUGCAACAUGGAGAUGAUGCUUUUUUAGUUCUAACAACAGAUGGGAUUAACUUUAUCAUGAAUAGUCAAGAGAUUUGUGAUCACAUCAGUCAAUGUCAUGAUCCAAUAGAGGCUGCUCAGGUUAUUGUUGAACAGGCACUGCACUAUGGUGCAGAAGAUAACAGUACUGUUAUUGUAAUUCCAUUUGGUGCGUGGGGAAAGCACAAAAACACUGGCACCAGCUUUUCUUUCAGCCGAAGCUUUGUCUCAAGUGGAAGAUGGGCAUGAAAUGGAAAGGCUAUAGUCUGUGCUGCCCACUUGCAAUCCAGUUUUCAAAAUUAUCUAUUUUAAGACCACUUUCAAAGACCAUAUACUUUCGCUUUUCCGUUUGGUAAAAACUCAUUCUGUCAAAGCCUGUAAUGUGAAUGAAGACAGCUCGCCAGAUGUACAAUUAAAACAUUGCUCUGUUAUUUUAACAACGAGUUUAAUAACUGGACAGAAAAGUUAUCUUUGUAGCAAAACUGGUAGAGGUAUUGACAUUUCACUAAUUGAUCACUUUAGAUGCCUGUUUAGCUGCAAUAAAAUUUGCGUUGUAUAAAUUCUUAAAUGCUUGUGUUGUAAGUCACAGUAACUGGUUGUAUUAAUCUUGGUGCAACAGUACAAAGACAAUUUGUGCCCGUUCAAGUGUGUUUUCAGUUUUGGCAUUGAAACAAGUAGGUUUGUUGAGUACAAGAACUGCAUGUUAUUAUCCAGUGUUGGAAAUCAGGGAAAGGGAUAUUUGUUUAUUUGAGUUGGACCCCAUUAAACUGCUACAGCUUAUCCAGUAUAUACUUGAAAUAACCUUUCCUUCCUCUUUGAGCAAUUUAAAUACAGUGGAAGCGAAUCUUGCCCCAUCUAAUCUUGAGCUGCAUUCUUGCUAAUUUAAGCAGGCAAAAAGAUUUUCAAGCAUGUAAGCUUUUUCACUCUUCCCUGAGUAUUCUAAUUUCCUCUGUCACGCAUAGCGACCAAAGCACAGGGAGAAAUAUAUUUCUAUACUAUUAAGGAAUUUGAGCUUUAAAGUGCGUUCACUAGAACUUGAAGAUUUUUUUUAUGUUUGUCCCUUAUAGUAAACAAAAUGUGGCAGACACUGUAACUGAGAAUUCAACUGCUGAUCUUUAAUAGAUAUGAGGCCUGUCAAAAGAUUUGUAAUUUUUGUCACAAAUACCUGUGCCUCCCGAUGUCACUGCUGGAAUGGCUGUGUAGAACUAGACCAGAAUAUACAUAUAAUGGUGUGCCUUUCUGGCCCUACUUUUUCCAGCAUUUGUCUCAGAUGGAAUUUAAGAAAUCUGAAGUAGUAGGUUUGGAUCUAAUUUUGAGUUUCAGCAGAGAGGUGUGAGGUAUCAACUUGAUCCCAAAUUAGGAGGGCAGCUAAGUUGCUAUGGCCUGCAUGAUUUAUGCCUGUUAAGUGAGUUGGUACUUUUUUCUCUAUUUUGAGGGUAUUAUUUAAAUACAAAUUGUUGGAAAUGACAGGAAGUAUGAGAUGGGAAGAAUGUUCUCCAUGGUCAUAUUUUUCUGUUAUUGAAUGUGCCCAAAAUUCUCAAGCAUGUGUGUCUUUUAUUGUGUGUGGAGAGCAAACACAACUGAGAGCUUGGGUUAUUGAAACUUGCCAGUAACUGGAGUUUGAGUUUUUGGAAUCUAAAGCAACUCAGGCCAAUAUGAAUCCUUUUUCUGACAGUUUGUACUUUUACAUUACAAAAGAUUUGACUAAGAUCAGUUGUGAACUAAAUAUGUUUCCUCUACUGAGGAUUAAGGGAUGUGUAAAUGCCUUGAGAGAGAUGAAGGAUUAGUCAACUUUAUGUGGCAUUGGGGGCAUUAUGGAAUAAACUGGAGAAGUACUUUCAAAGUAUUUGUUUCAAGUUUGAACAGGAGGGGACUCAUGUAUAAGAGGAAUGUAUUCUUUACCGUAAUUCUGAAGCAUAAUGUAAAAUGGUAGUGUAAGCCAUGGCAAAGUUUUUAUUUGCUUACUUUUCUCCGUCUUGUUUUCUGCCCCGGAUCCUACAGUAGAACCUUAUCACUCUACACACAAGCUUUGUUCAUGUUUUUGAAUUAACGCUGGAUAGUGUACACUGACCUAAAUUUUAAAAUGAAAGUUUGUGGAUGGUCCCUUUGCCAGCUGUAUAUUGUGCGCUGGUUUUACAUUUGAUGGUGUUACUGGUAAAUGAAAUGUUGCAGUUUAAUCAAUGUGAAAGUAGAAUGACUAGAGAUAGGAAAAAGACUUUCUGCAGUUUUCAUCUAUUUUGGUAAUUCCUCAGUUACAUACUUUUUGUCAAGAAGCCAAAUAUGUUAUAGAAUAAUGUGAUUCUCAAAAAUCUAGAUAUUUUCAACGGUUCCUUUCUGUACUGUCAAACUUGCUUGUCAUAUUAUCUGUUACUACUGGAAAUGGUAGAAAUUUGCAGAAUUAUUAAGAAAAGAUUCAGUACCUCAGUUGUGCAAAUGCCAGCACUAAAUGCACUACAGUAGCUAUUUUAAAUAUAAUUUAAUCCCAAGAGACAUGCUGUGUGUCUGUCUGUCUGUCAGUCUCUCUCUCUCUAGUAUAAAGACUGUUCUGCACUUAGUACAUGAAGGUAAUUAGAAGCGAAAUCCUUAGAUUGGCUGACGCAAUGAACAUUACAUAGAACAUAGGGAAAUUUUCAAAAUGGUCACAUCCAGAUGUUUUGUGACUUGAAUCUAUCCAUGUACUUCUGCCAGGUUUUGUAUUAUAAUAUGUAUAAUAUGUAAAUAUUUGUUAUAUAUAGUAAAUCCAUAAUAUACAUUAAUCUUUGUCUUGGUUGGUAAAUAUGUAUUAUAUUAUGGUUGAACUGACUUUGUACAGAUCUUGCCCUUGUAUUUUAACCAUGUCUUUUUAUACACCAGUAAAACCCUAGCAACCCAAAAGCAGGGUUUGAUUACAUUUUGGAGGCAGUGCUGGAAAAUGUACAUUGUAUUCAUCUAAAGGAUUGCUCUUUGUAAGGUACAGCAAUGAAUUCGACUUCUUGUGAAUAUUUUGGAUGUUUAUUUGGAAGGAAAUCUAUUCAUUUUAAAAGUUUCUGUUGGGUAUGUAUUGCAUUGUUUAAUGCAUAGAUGCUUUCAAUAUAUAGAAAUGUACUGGAAUCAGAAAAUAUUCAAUUUUAUAUGCCUUGUCUGCAGCUCCCAAAACCCAAACACUUCGUUCCAGAAAAACACCAUAUUGGUCAAUGAAACCAAGAACUAUGAAAUAUAACAGAACAAACUAUAACUGUAUUUAGCAUAAUAUACUCUGUUCUAUUGCUUUGCCACACUAGCUGUAGUGUUGCUGUAAGUUUGUCUGCUUAUUGCACUCAGUACCCAUCUGUGUUUUGAUAUCACUAAUUGAUUGCAAAGUUGUGCAAAUGUGAACUAGUGAUGGAUCUAAUGAAAUGAAAUCAGUAAUUUUAAUGAUUCACCUCAAUCGUUAUUCAGUGGUGCUUAACUUCUUAGCAGACAUUACACACAAAACAAAAUGAUCAUUUUUAGCUUUUGUGGAACUAGUGAGCAAUAAUUUGUGUGCUUAUAAAAACAAGGCUUAUAAUAUUGUCUGUAUCUUAUUUAUCCUGAGGGCAGUACAUCUGGAACGUAUUGGUUGUAUUUUGCCAUCUUUCAGGGAUGUUGGUAGAAUGGAGACAUUACUGAAGCGAUAAUCCAGACAAUUCAAGUUCAUACCACAGUUUCAUUUUGAAGAUAUUGGUUCAUGACAAUGAAGAUGUCAGAUUGUGUCUUACAUUCAACUGAUUCAUCGGUUUUUUUUUUAAGAGAAGGAAACCUACUGAUUUUGGAUAUUUCCUAAUUACCCUGUUCAAAGAUGUUAUGACCUACCUCUGGAGCAGGUGGGACUUGAGCCCAGACCUCCUUGCCCAGAGGUAUGGACACUACCCUGCCGCACAAGGAGCCCUAGAUAUCUGUAUUCAAUAUACCUAUAUUAUUAAUCCAUACCAACAUGUUUGACAUUUAACUACCCUCUGAAGAGGCCUAGCAAGCCAAUGAGUUAUUUUAAGCUCUCUAGCAAGUCAAUUCUGAGAAGAACUUGCUGUGAAUGAAGUUUUUUUUUUAUUGACGUAAGUACCUGGUAUCACAUUUGGAUCAAAUCAGUCAGUCAGUAUCUUAUUUAAUGUAGAGCAGCAAGUAAGCCAAAUAGAAUGUGAAAGCAACUGUAUGUCGGAUUCAUUAAAACUGGAGCAGUGCUGCAUAUGUAGUCUUUUUUUUUCAAGAUUUUUCUUUUAUCAUUUGUCCGGUCUAGUUUUAGUACGUGCAACCAUCAUUGACGGAAUUUGCCAAAUGAAUGUGUAUUACAACAUCUAUUAAUUGAUAGUGUGAUUACUUUUCAUAUAUUUGUAAUUGAUUUAUUUUAUUUGUAUUAGAAGCCUGAACUUCAAAGGUUUUCAUAUCAACCUGACCAAAUUAUUAGAUUUCCCACCUUUUUUCCUUUUCCAGUGUCCUGCUUGAAUUUACUGUAUGGGAGAUGGUGCUUGUAUGAUAUUGGCUGUGAUGCAAAUAUUUUCAAGUUUGAAUUGUAGAUGUUUUGGGUAAUGCAUGAUGAAAACAGCAUGUACUGCUGUGUACAGUAACUGUGAAAAAUGUAAGCUGUAUGUAACAUUUGAGAAUAUUCAAAUAAAAUUAUUUACAUAUAA